UACAGAGAGAGACAGACAGUCAGUCAGUCAGUCAGAAAAAUCUCAUCUCGUUUAUUUAUCUUCCGUUUUUUUUUUUUUAAUUAAUUUUGUUGAAGGAAUCGUUCAGCAUUAAGACUAAUAUGAUUCCGGAAGAAGAGUGGGGGGAAAAUAGAAUGGUAUCGAAGGUCAUCUGGCGAAGCUGGUGAAUUCAGCACGCGUAUCUGAUCUGCCCACCAUGGAGUGCUUGUGAACCGUUGACAUUUUCUAUAUGUGGAAGGCAGAAAGGAGCGAAGAUAAGCAGGCCAGUGACGAGACAAUGUCGUCUAACAGGAACCCACACGGGCUCAAACAGAUUGGGCUGGACCAGAUCUGGGAUGACCUGCGGGCAGGGAUUCAACAGGUGUAUACACGACAGAGCAUGGCCAGGUCCCGCUACAUGCAGCUCUACACACAUGUUUACAAUUACUGUACCAGUGUCCAUCAGUCAAACCAGGUGAGGGGUGCAGGCCUUCCCUCCGCCAAACCCUCCAAGAAAUCUCCCACUCCAGGAGGAGCACAGUUUGUUGGACUUGAACUGUACAAAAGGCUAAAGGAGUUUCUAAAGAGCUAUUUAACAAAUCUUUUGAAGGACGGGGAAGAUCUGAUGGACGAGAGCGUACUGAAGUUUUACACGCAGCAGUGGGAGGACUACCGUUUCUCCAGUAAAGUGUUAAAUGGGAUUUGUUCCUACCUCAACAGACACUGGGUACGCCGGGAGUGCGACGAAGGGCGGAAAGGAAUUUACGAAAUCUAUUCGCUCGCCUUGGUCACGUGGAGAGAGUGUUUAUUCAGACCUCUAAAUAAACAGGUGACGAAUGCUGUAUUGAAACUCAUCGAGCGAGAACGAAACGGCGAGACUAUUAACACCAGGCUGAUCAGUGGAGUUGUACAGUCCUAUGUUGAACUGGGCCUGAAUGAGGACGAUGCCUUUGCUAAAGGACCCACGUUAUCCGUAUACAAAGAGUACUUUGAGAGCCAGUUCUUGGCUGAUACGGAACGCUUCUACACACGAGAAAGCACAGAGUUUCUCCAACAAAACCCUGUAACCGAAUACAUGAAAAAGGCAGAAGCACGACUUUUAGAGGAGCAGCGGCGGGUUCAGGUUUACCUUCACGAGAGCACACAAGACGAGCUGGCUCGCAAGUGUGAACAGGUUCUCAUAGAGAAACACCUGGAGAUUUUCCACACAGAGUUCCAGAACCUUCUGGAUGCCGACAAGAACGAAGAUCUGGGUCGAAUGUACAACCUUGUCUCACGCAUCACAGAUGGUUUGGGGGAGCUGAAGAAACUCUUGGAGACGCACAUUCACAACCAAGGCCUGGCAGCCAUAGAGAAGUGUGGAGACUCGGCUCUCAACGAUCCUAAAAUGUACGUACAGACAAUAUUAGACGUGCACAAGAAGUACAAUGCAUUAGUGAUGUCAGCGUUCAAUAAUGAUGCUGGCUUCGUGGCUGCUCUGGAUAAGGCUUGUGGGCGAUUCAUCAACAAUAACGCCAUUACAAAGAUGGCUCAGUCCUCCAGCAAAUCUCCAGAACUGCUGGCCAGAUACUGUGACUCCUUACUGAAGAAGAGAGCCUCCUGGUGGUCCAGAGGCAGGAUCCCGCUCUCUCGUUGCCGCAGCCCGGGUUCGACUCCCAGACAGGGAGCUAAUCCAGCCACUGAAGAGCUAACUCUCAGUGCCGCCCCCAAGCCUGGGCAAAAUGGGAGGGUUGCGUCAGGAAGGGCAUCCUGCGUAAAACCUGUGUCAGAUCAGAUAUGCAGACAAGAUGAUCUUCUGUUGCGACCCCAAGCAGGAAAGAACAACGACAAUAGCAACACCUCAAAGAACCCCGAGGAAGCGGAGCUGGAGGACACGCUCAACCAAGUGAUGGUGGUUUUUAAAUACAUUGAAGAUAAGGAUGUUUUCCAAAAAUUCUAUGCCAAGAUGUUGGCUAAGAGGCUGGUUCACCAGAACAGUGCCAGCGAUGAUGCCGAGGCCAGCAUGAUCUCCAAAUUAAAGCAAGCAUGUGGUUUUGAGUACACUUCCAAACUCCAGCGCAUGUUCCAGGACAUCGGUGUUAGCAAGGACUUGAACGAGCAGUUUAAACAACACCUUUCCAACUCCGAGCCUUUGGACUUGGAUUUUAGCAUUCAGGUUCUCAGCUCAGGAUCCUGGCCUUUCCAGCAGUCAUGCACCUUUGCAUUGCCUUCAGAGCUGGAGCGCAGUUACCAAAGAUUCACAGCUUUCUAUGCCAGCAGACACAGUGGGCGCAAACUGACGUGGCUCUACCAUCUAUCCAAGGGCGAGCUCGUCACCAACUGUUUCAAGAACAGAUACACUCUGCAGGCAUCCACCUUCCAGAUGUCCAUUCUGCUGCAGUUUAACACGGAGAACAGCUACACCGUUCAACAGUUGGCUGACAGCACUCAGAUUAAAGUAGACAUUUUGGUUCAGGUUUUGCAAAUCCUGUUGAAGUCCAAGUUGCUGGUUUUGGAGGACGAGAAUGCAAACGUAGAUGAAAUGGACUUUAAGCCUGAUACAGUCAUAAAGCUUUUCCUGGGAUACAAAAACAAGAAGUUGCGGGUCAACAUCAACGUGCCAAUGAAGACGGAGCAGAAACAAGAGCAGGAGACAACACACAAAAACAUCGAAGAAGACAGAAAGCUGCUCAUACAGGCUGCUAUCGUCAGAAUCAUGAAGAUGAGGAAGGUCCUGAAGCACCAGCAGCUCCUUGCAGAAGUCCUAAAUCAGUUGUCAUCACGCUUCAAACCUCGAGUCCCCGUCAUCAAGAAAUGCAUCGAUAUUUUGAUAGAGAAGGAAUAUCUGGAGCGUGUCGAUGGCGAGAAGGACACCUACAGCUACCUGGCUUAAACACUUAUUUCCGACUCAAACACCAUUCCCGAAGCCUCUUGGCUUUCAUUAAAAGGGAUGUGCACAUGGAACUGGAGACUGGAGCUCCUGUUAAACCCAGCGGUCUAACAGUGCUGUUCUCCUCAAGUCUCCACUCAAGACGCUCAGGAUCUCCAUCGGCGUUCUCGUCUGUAAAUAAGCCGCCGUACCUUUAGUGAGACCUGACCUGGCUUCAGAGUUGCAUGUUUCUGUCUUUCAUCUGAAAUAAAAAACCUAGAUAAUUAAUGUAAUAAUAAAUGAAUUUGGACUGACUUUAAAAUGGAUUAUUAUUACAUUUAAGAACAAUGAUGAAUUCUUGCGGCGCUUUAUGAAUAUAUUUGUUAAACCGGCCCUUGUAGAGUUGUGUAAGCAGCCUUUAUCCGCUCCAUCAUUUGUAUAGUGUGGUUUGUUUUAUAAAUGUCAUGAAUAAACUUUAAAUUUUCUGUAA